AUGGAAGUGAAGGAAGUGGGGUCGAGGAGAAACAUGCAGUAUAUGUGCCAAACGCGCACGCGGGCGCAGCCGUGGGUGAGCGCUGACGGCAACGCGACGACGAGCGUGCUGCCACUGCGGCCGCGGGCGCGCGACGCCGGCCGCCACCUGUGCUGCUCCGGCGACAACCCGCGGCUGCCGGCCGGCGCGCGCCGCGACUGCUGGAAGCUCGCCGUCCGCUGUGAGUCGCUCGCUCUCUCCGCUGCUCCAACACCCAGGGCACUCACUGUAAUACAGAAGCUGCUGGGUGGUUCACGCCAGCGACGUACGAGGCGCCGUUUUCCAGACAGCCCCGUCGUGUCUCUGGAGCUGGGCAGCGGACUCAACGCCAGCGCCAUCCGCGAGGGCGACGACGUCUACCUCGAGUGCCGUGUGCGGGCCGACCCCUGGGUCACCGACGUCGUCUGGACGCACAACGGCAAGCAGGUGCAGACGAACGCCAGCGCGGGCACGCUGCUGAGCAACCUGACGCUGGUGCUGCAGGCGGUGCGCCGGCACAGCGCCGGCCGCUACUCGUGUCGCGUCGCCAACGACGAGGGCCGCGCGGGCAGCAGCCCGCUCACUCUGGACGUCAAGUACGCACCCGAGUGCGCGGCGGGCCAGCAGACGGUGUGGGGGGCGGCGCGGCGCGAGCCGGUGUCCGUGCCGUGCGAGGUGGACGCGCGGCCGCCGGCUACGCUCUUCCGCUGGGCCUUCAACAGCAGCGCCGGCAGCGGAGCUCCCACGGCCGCCAGCGGCGCCGACGCCGGAGCGGGCAGCAGCGCCCAGGUCGCCACGGCGCCCGCCGCCGUCACUACGCAGCCGGGCCGCAGCGUCGCGACGCACACGCCCCUCAGCGACGCCGACUACGGGACGCUGCUCUGCUGGGGCCGCAACGAAGUGGGCGCCCAGCAGCAGCCCUGCGUCUUCCAGGUGGUGCCUGCAGGUCCUCCGGACCCGCCGCGCGACUGCCGGGUGUCGUCGCGGUCUGCGACGUCCCUGCAGGUGUCGUGCAUGCGGGGCUCUGACGGAGGGCUGCCGCCGCAGCAAUUCACGCUGGAGCUGCUGGCGGCCCGCGGCGGACGCCUGGUGGCCAACGUGACCAGCCGCGCCUCGCCGGAUUUCACCUUGGCCGGGCUGGAGCCCUCCACCUCCUACCGGCUGCGCGUGUUCUCCAGCAACGGCAAGGGCCGCAGCGACUCGGCCGCCGAGCUGCAGGUGACCACGCCCAGCGCCUCCACCGGCGGCGGUGGCGGUGGCCUGAGCAGGCCGCGACUCGACCAAGAAGAGGAGCCUCCGGUGCCGGUGGAGGCGCUGCUGUUGGCAGGGGUGCUGGUGGCACUGCUGCUGGUCGGUAUCCCAGCCCUUCUACUGGCGCUGCGCAUGCGCAGAGCGCGCUUGCGGGCUGCCGCCACCCAGAAGGAGCCGCCCCCACAGACGCCAGCCACCGUCACCACCGAGGACAACCCUGACGUCAUCCCCAAUGAAGGAGACGUGAGCGCAGGGUACCUGGGCGUGCUGAAGCACCCCCUGCCCGCGGACACGAGGCAGCUGGUCAGCGACUCACCCACCCCUACGCCGACGCCGCCCUCCGUCGUUUACCCUACGACGGUCGCUGCAGCCACUCAUGUCUCCGGGCCUGUGGUGCUGGAGGCGGCGUGCUGGCCCGUUCCAGUGCCGGUGGCCGUCCCCCACCCGCAGCCGCUGCUGGAAGCGCGACCUCCGCCCCCGGCGCUGCCGCUGCCGCUGCUCAAGACCUCCGCCGCCGGCUGCAGGAGUCGCCACGACGCGGGCACGCAGACGCCCCACCUGGCGCGCCACAAGGAGAGCGCCGUCUAGCUGAGCGUCCACACCUCUCGCGCACGAGCUCUCUGCAGCCGCGUUUCUGCGGUUUUACGCAGGAACCAAAAUAAAUGCAGAUGACUCCACUAUCGUCGCAGAAAGUGGGGCAAGUGUGCUUAGGAGUAUAUUCUCGACUGCCCAGUCAAAACAACCAAGAUGGCGAAAACAACAGCGAUUGC